AUGGCUAAAGGUGGACACAUCUGCCUCAUCGUGGCUGUAUUAUUUGUAACUAUGGAAAACUUACCUAAAGUGCUAGGCAGUACUAAUCAAAUAGUAAAGUAUGCGUAUAGCAAUAAUGGAUUGGGCACAUAUAGUUUUGAAUUCAAAACUUCAGAUGGCACAUACAGAAAAGAAGAGGGUGGCUUUUUAAGAACUAAAGGAAAUAAUGGUCUCAUCGUUCGUGGAGAAUACGGUUAUUUGGAUCCUUCAGGGCGAAAUCACAUUGUCAGAUAUAUAGCAGAUACCAACGGAUUUCAACCAGAAAUUGAUGAGCAAAAUAUUAGAUUUAAUGACAGACGAAUAAUUUAA